AUGUCUUUCGAAAUAAGUCCAGCAACAUCCUCGGAUGCUCCUCAACUAACGGAAGUCUUUCUGGCCGCCUUCUCAGACGACCUCAAUCGAAAGAUGUUUCCUCUGACCCAGGACGUGCGCGAAUGGGUCGCCGAACACCUCUUUAGCAGCAGCGAUUCAAAGCUAAACGAAGUCUUUCUCAAAGUAACAGACCCUCUGGAGACGGGGAAAGUUGUUGCUUUUGCGAAAUGGAUUCAGCCCACAAGUGCAGAUUCAGACAUCGACACCAAUCAACACGAGGCGUCUGUAACGUGGCCCACUAGCAGUGACAAAGAUCUCUGCACUUUGUUCUUUGGAAUGAUGGAGGCGAGUCAUCAUCGCUUGAUGGGGAAUCGGCCUCACUUUUACUUGGAUAUAUUGGGCGUCCACCCAUCAUACCAAGGACGUGGAUUAGCAGGGAAGUUAUUAAGAUGGGGUCUUGAGCGUGCUGACGAGCAGGGUGUUGAGGUCUACCUAAACGCUACGCCAAGUGGGAGGCCUGUAUACGCGAAGCAUGGAUUUCAGGCGCUGGACUCAUUUUCACCUGUUCCUGACUAUGAACAAUUAAACAUGAUUAGGCCAAGCCGGAAAUGA